GAGGACGAGGAUGGGGUUAUCCAGAUAUCCUCUGUAAAAGUAGCGUGCUCAUAGUCAUCGCAGGUAUGCAUUACAAAUCUAGUUGCUUAGGUAAAUCCGCAUUACAAAUUCCGUUUGUCAUGCUGAGCUAAUUUGUAUUGCAAUACUGCGAGUGCGAUGCUUUUGCAGUUCAUACUAGAAGCCAAGAUGCAAAGAGAAGCUGGCCGACGAAGAGAGACAGGACGAAGAGGAAGAUGACGUCGUUUAUGCAAUGCAAAAGUAUCGUACUCGUAGUAAUUGCAUUUAUGCGUGACAAAUCGCUUUAUCAUGCUUACAGAGCUAUAUGCAAUUUAUACUAGUACGAUGGGAUGCUUUUGCAUUCGAUAACGUUGGGGUUAUCCAGAAGCCAAGAUGCAAAAAGAAGCUAGCCGACGAAGAGAGCGAGGACGAAGAGGAAGAAGUCGUGAAAAAUAAGCCGCUUGGAGAAAACGCUCAGCCCCCGGCGGCGGAUGAAAUUGAAAGUGAAACCACUGCUCAUUCGAAGGCGAAGUCCAC